GGCGAGUGCAAAUGCAGGCCCCUCAGUGGGCGACCGGGUUCAUGAACUGAAAUCCGAGGUGCUGACAGUUCUGGGGAUUCAGCAAGACCCGCCCAAACGCAACAAGGGGUCCUUGCUAGUACCUAUCAGGAUACACAUAGACCGGGAAGAUGGCGAGGACAUCCGCGAGAACUUCUUGUGGCGACUUGGAGAGCCGGGGUACGAUGCUCGUCCCAUCGCAAUGCGGCUGGCAGCGGACCUGCAGCUGCCGCAGAACUACAUAAAGCUGAUCGAGGACGAGAUCGCUCGCAGCCUCAAGGGCUUCAAGGGCUACAAGGACCUGGGCGGACCCAGGCUGGUGCGGCUGCAGCUGUACGUGCGGCGCGGGGAGGCGGUGUUCCGUGACGAGCUGGAGUGGGACGUGAACGACCCCGCGGCGAGCACCCUGCAGUACGCUUGCGAGGUGUGUCGGCACCUGCAGCUGGACGCGAGCUGGGUGCAACCCAUCAGCACCCACCUGCACGACCUGCUGCAUGAGGCGGUGGAGGACCUGCGCAAGCACCCGGGGGAGGUGGCGCUGCUGCCGCCGCCCCCCUCCAUCUGGCGCGGAAGCGGGCAGCCCUGGACCCCGCUGCCCCCGGGGGAGCAGCCGCCGCUCUUGCCGCCGGCUCCACAUCAGCCAGCUGCACCUGCAGAGCUGCAGCAGCCGCAGCCGUCCUCCCAGGGUGCGGGUGCGGGUGCCCCAGCAGCCGCAGCCGCAGCAGGUGGCCAGCAGCAGCAGCUGCAGCGCAGCACCUUCCCCCGCCUGGAGCGGUACGACCCCACCUGCGACUUGGAGGCGGAGCGGCGGGCUCGGCGGGAAGCCAAGGCGGAGCGACGUAAGCGCGAGCAGGAGGCGCGGCACCAUCACCAUCACCAGCAGCAACAACACCACCACCAGCAGCAGCAAGGACAAGGACAAGGACAGGAGCAGGCGGCAAAGAGUGAGGCGGCUGGGCGGCAGCGGACCGAGCACCCGCACCUCACACCCCACCUGAAGCAGGAACAGCCGCACCAGCACCAACAUGGCCAGCACCAGCAGCCAGAGGUGAAGCAGGAGAGCGAUGUCAAGCCGCCCACAGUGCUGGGCCCCAGCCCCUCCGCUGCCAGCCACCCCCAGCAGGCCCACCCCCAGCUGGAGGUCAAGCAAGAGCCCGCAGGCGGGUCGCCUCCAGGUGCGGUGGGACUCGCGGCAGGCGGGGCGGCGGCGUCAGGCGGGCCACAACCGCAGCAGCUGCAGCAGCCCCAGCCCCAACAUCAUCACCAGCAUCAUCACCACCACCCUCACCACCACCACCACCACCAGCAGCAUGGCGAGCCCCAGCCACAUGCCCAACAGCCCAACCAACAUGACCAACAGCAGCAGCGGGAGGCCCAGCAGCGAGAGCAGCAGCAGCAACGGCCUCCCGAGGUGAAGGCGGAGGUGAAACCCGCUUCGGACUCCUCCCCCGCGGCCAUAGGACCCAUGGGUCCCCCGCACCUGCCGCCCGCAGUGCCCCUGUCCGCACUUUCACAACCGCAACUUCAACAGCAGCAGCAGCAGCCGUUUGCCUGCAACCUUCAGCAACAGCAGCAGCUUAGCAUGCAACUGCCGCCUCAGCAGCAGCAACUGCCGCCUCAGCAGCAGCAACUGCCGCCUCAGCAGCAGCAACAGCCGCCGCAGCAGCAGAGGCAGUUUGGGAGCAGCGCUGACCUCCAACAGUUGGCGGCUCAACACCAGCAGUACAAUCAACAGCAGCAACAACUGCAGCAGCAGCAACAACGAGUGAUGACGCACGUGCAACAUCAGCCACAGUUCCCCUACCAGCAAAGCGCGCAGCAAGCACAGCCGCACCCGCAGCCCGGGCACGAAGCGUCCAUGCAACCCCAGCAACAGCAACUGCAACCGCAUCAGCAGUAUCAGCAGCAACAACAGCUGCAACAGCAGCAGCAAUACCACCCGCAACAGCAAUUCAACCAGCAACAGUAUGUGCACCAACAACAGUUCCCCCAGCAGCAGCAGCAGCAACAGGGGCACAUGCACCCGCAUGCGUUCCCUGGCAGGUAGAUAGCGCAAGCACGCUUACUCGCUUGUUGCCAGGCUAUCACUAGCGGUGGUAGAUAGCAGCGGCGGUGGGGGCAACGGGAGUGCUACAAGGGCGGAGGGCAACCGUGUCUAGGCGCGAUUUGGGAUUGUGUGUAAACAGUGUAAGCAGACACGUGCGGCAUGGGAAGACAAAAGCUUUGGAAGGCAGUGCUCGGCAACAGAGGACUCUAUCUUGGAGGGGUUGCUUGUUGUCUAACGUUCGCUUCCAUACAACCCUUGUAAUGCGUAGGUC